AUGGUAGCAUUUUUUCUACAGUUAUCAGUUUUACCUUUUCUUCUUGUUCCAAGUAUUCAUUAUGUACUUAACAACGAAAUAUCCACCGUAUCUGUCAACGGGGACAAUGCUAGUGUGUAUAUACCUGAUUCAUGGAAUAUCAAUGCUGAAACAGGUUUUAGAUAUGUGUUGUCACUUCUAUUAACGUCCACUUUAUGGUGGGAGAAUUUUCUGGAUAAAAUCAAUGGAACCGGAAAAGUCAAGCAGUUUCUCUUGAAAACAAGGUUUGAAAUUGAAGAAAGCCGGUCUUAUAUUUAUGUUUUUGUGUCCGUAUUGAAACUCGUGACGGCAAUUGUUUCUGCACGUCUUUUUGUUGGAGAAUCCUUAGCGCUCUUCACAGUAGAAUUCUGGGAAGCAUUAUUAAAAAAUCAGACACUUAGUGAUUAUUCGGAUAUACUUAUUCUAAUUGCAUCCGGUUUCAUUGGAUAUUAUGUGGCUUACACAUCCUGCAAACUACAUAUGCAAAUAUUUUCUUUUUCUCUACCCUGCCUGCUAUCUACACCAGUUGCAGUAAUUCUGAUGACAGUAUACUGUCAAAGCAGUUCAGACUAUUUUUCAUCUAUAUUCAAUUUUGACAAAGAAUCCUGCUGUGAUUUUCCAAUCUACAGUCCCUGGUAUCACGUGACCUUAGCCUCACUCUGGUUUCUUUCCUUAUACUGGGUUGGACAACACAUUUGGACUCCACAACAAGAAAGGCUUGCAAAAGUAGACAGAUUAUUUGUCAAUCCAUUGUAUUGUGGAAUACUGUUGGAGCAAAAUUUGGUUUUGAACAGAAAACGCAGUCAGUUGCAAAAACAAGUUAAAGAAGACGAGAAAGGAGAUGAACAAUUCCCUCUUCAAACUCCCCCGUUUGUCUACGCAUGCGCUACCAUGUGGCAUGAAAAUCGCCUAGAGAUGGUUCAACUUCUGAAGUCAAUAUUUAGAAUGGAUGAAGACCAGUUUCUUAGGGAGAAAGAAUAUGAAAUAUCGAGUGACAACCGAUAUCCACAUGAUUAUUACAAGUUUGAAGCUCACAUCCUCUUCGAUGAUGCGUUUUGCAAAGGAAAUCUUAACGAAUUUGUAGAAACAUUUGCUUCAGUCAUGAACGAGGCUGCAAGUUCUGUGCAUUCUCAACCAAUACAACUAGAAAAGCCAGUUAUUAUUUCCACUUACUAUGGAGGACAGGUUAUCUUUAGAAUGCCGGGAGAAAAUUUCCUGUACAUUCACCUUAAAGAUAAAACAAAAAUUCGUCAUAAGAAAAGAUGGUCUCAGGUGAUGUACAUGUAUUAUUUAUUGGGAUACCGGCUAACAACCGAAAUACGAAAUGAAAUAGAAAAGAAUGCAAAGAAGAAAAAAGAUCCUGAAAACAUUGAUGACUAUUUUAAGAAAAAGGCAGAGAACACAUUUCUUCUUGCUUUGGAUGGAGACGUAGAUUUUACUCCUGGUUCUGUCAGAAUUCUCAUCGAUCGAAUGAGAAAGGAUGAAAAAGCUGGUGCUGCAUGUGGAAGAAUUCAUCCAAUAGGCAGUGGCCCGAUUGUCUGGUAUCAGAAAUUUGAAUACGCAGUGGCACAUUGGCUUCAGAAAGCUACGGAGCAUGUACUUGGAUGCGUUCUUUGUUCCCCUGGGUGUUUUAGUCUUUUCCGUGGAUCAGCGCUAAUGGAUGAUAAUGUUAUGAAAAAAUACACCUUACUACCAUCGGAAGCAUCUCAGAUCCUAAUGUACGAUUUAGGGGAAGAUCGCUGGCUCUGCACGCUGCUUCUACAACAGGGGUACAGGGUAGAUUAUGCUGCCGGUGCUGAUGCCUACACUUAUGCUCCAGAGAGCUUUAAUGAAUAUUUCAACCAAAGAAAAAGAUGGACGCCUUCCACCCUGGCCAAUAUAAUGGCUCUACUACAAGAUGGGAAAAAUACAGUAGAGGCGAAUUCAAAUAUAAGUUGGCUGUACAUAGCUUAUCAAGGUUCUCUGAUGGUUGCAACACUUAUUGGUCCAGCAACAAUUCUUAUGAUGAUUGCCGGCGCCUUUGUUGCCGUUUUCAGUUUGGAUCUUAUGAUGUCAUACGUCACCUCUUUAGUACCGGCUAUUACGUAUUUCAUCAUAUGUCUCACAUUCCGCUUAAACGUUCAACUUGUGGUGGCUCAAAUUCUUAGUGGAUUUUACGUGUUAAUUAUGAUGGUGGUUUUCGUCGGUGUGAUUAUCACGGCUGUGACGGAAUCUCCGUACCAUCCCAGCGUCAUUUUCAUCAUGGGACUGGUUGCUAUUUUCGUAAUAGCUGCUUUACUUCACCCAAGAGAAUGGGGCAAUAUUAUAUACGGAUUACUUUAUUAUGUUCUUGUCCCUUCAGGGUUCUUACUUCUAGUCAUUUAUUCUUUGUGCAAUUUGAAUGACAUUUCAUGGGGAACUAGGGAGAGUGGUACAACGAAGGAGAAAGAGAAAGAGAAUAAGGGUCUUCUCUACAAAAUAUUCUCUCCAUUUACAAAGAUUAAAGAUAAUUUAUUUAAACCGAACCCUUCCGAAAAGGACGUGCUUCUUAAAGUACUUGCGACCAUGACAGAUAUGGUUGGUUUUAGGAAGGAUUCUGCAUUAACUCAUCCUGAAAAUGAAAAUUUAGGGGAGAUUGCUGCAGAGACAUCACCACCUCUUGAGACAAAUUCUCAGGAACAAACGAAAGGAAGUUCAGAGAAAAUGUUUAACAACGAAGAACCUAAGUGGGUAAUUAAAGGCCCUUUCUCGGGAAGAUAUGUUAAAAUGAAGGAAAAAGAAAGUGAAUUUUGGAAAACAUUUGUAGACAGAUAUCUGAAACCUUUAGAAAGAGAUCCGGCAAAAGAAAAUAAGGUUAAGGAACAGCUGAGGGAGUUGAGAAAUAACGUGUGUGGAGGGAUGGCUCUUGUUAAUUUACUUUGGAUUGCUGUAAACUUUAUGUUUCAGUUACGAAGCCCUGCAGUAAUAAGUUUUAAACUUCCGAUAACCAACGGAGACGACGAAGAGGAGAAUUACGAGAUGAGAAUUGAACUUCUUGGCCUGUUGUUCAUUGGCUUCUUUCUUAUCAUCCUUAUGAUACAGUUUUGUGGCAUGGUUAUGCAUAGAUGGGGAACAUUUUUGCAUCUUGUUGCUAUAACGGAACUUCCGAAUCCCUUUAAAACAAAAAUCAAAACAGAUCAACGUUUAGAAAUUCGAGAAUCAUACGAGCAUGCAAAAGAGGAAAAUCUGGAAAUGCAAGAAAUACCAGAAGAGGAUAUUCAGGCGGAAGAAAACGCAGUUUUAAGGCAAAUUGAACAAUUACAAGAAACAGGUACCAGAUAUCAUAACGAUUCUUCACCGGAAACCAGUUUACCAAAACCAAAACGGAAGUCCAUUGACUACAAGCCGAUCAACACUCGUGAAUUAUUCCAACGUUACAGGCAAAAUACACACCACCGUAUCAAAGCCAACGACGACCGAACACGGUAUAGAAGAAAUGAAAGAAAUUUGCAUCAGCGAUCAGUUUUCAGUGAAGUAACGAAUUACAAUCAGCGGUAUGGCUACAACCAUAAUAGAUGGACAGAUAGAAGAAUGGAUACUUCCAAUCAAAGAGAUGAAGUCAGCAGGGAAAGAGAUAGAAGGCGGGAUUUUCAUUUAAGAGGGGGACUGAUGGGAAGAACUUUUUCAAGAUCUUUACUGAAGUAUCAAAACGAAGACUAUAAUGAAUACAAAGACUAG